AUGGCCCCCAUCCCACGGCCCGACAUCAGAACACGCUUUCUCGUCAUUUCAGACACCCACGGCCACCCGCUACCCUCCGACUAUGCCCCAAAGGCAGACGUUGCAAUCCACUGCGGCGACCUGACAACCGAGUCGAAGCUCCACGAAUUCACAUCCGCCAUCGACCUCAUGAAAUCCGUCGACGCACCGCUCAAGCUGGUUAUUGCCGGAAAUCACGACUUCACGCUGGAUAUCCCCAUGUUUCGACGGAAGGUUGAGGAAGUAAAUCCGCCACUAGAUCCUAAUCUCGUCAGGAAGGAAUACGGUGACUAUGGAGAAGCUAGGAGCUUAUUUAAUGAAGCGAAGGAGAGCGGGAUAACCUUCCUAGAGGAAGGCACUUAUACCUUUACUCUCGUGAACGGUGCGUCAUUGAAGGUAUAUGCAAGUCCAUACACACCUUCGCUCGGCGACUGGGGCUUUCAGUACCAUCCGCAAGCGGGCCACGAUUUUGAUAUAGGAAACGAUGCCGACGUCGUUAUCACACACGGCCCGCCCAGAGGGAUAAUGGAUAUGACAUACUCGGGGACACGAGCCGGGUGCCCUGCCCUCUUCAAGGCCGUCGCUCGGUCAAGACCACGAAUGCACUGCUUUGGUCAUAUACAUGAAGGAUGGGGUGCAAAGAUCAUCACAUGGAGACGGAACAUCAGCGACAACCCAUCACAUCUCACGGACAUCGACAACGGAAGCUCUACAGUAAUUGCGAAACUGUCUCAGAUUACGCCGGGGGUGGGUAUCCAGCAAAGUACAACGAGCCAUUGCGCGGAAGAUCCGAUUCCACUCAAGGGUGGCUCGCAGACACUAUUCGUCAAUGCCGCGUUUGAAGGCACAGAAGGUGUCCUAACCCAGCCGCCAUGGCUAAUCGACAUUGAACUUCCACCAGCUGCGUGA